AUGGAAAGUUGGAAUGUGAAACUUACUACAGCUGCUAGGAAAGGAGAAAUAGAAGCCUUAAAAUUAUGUCUACAGAAUGGUGCAGACAUCAAUUGUCGAGAUGAGGAAGGAUGGACAGCAUUAAUGUUGGCUGCCUGGGUAGGACACCUGGAGAUCUGUAGACUCCUCAUUGAUACAGGAUGUAAGAUCGACAUCACAAAUGUGUAUGAUGGAGUGACAGCAUUAAUGUGGGCUGCCAUGUUUGGACACCUGGAGAUCUGUAGACUCCUCAUUGAUAGAGGAUGUAAGAUCGACAUCACAUCAAGAGAUGGAUACACAGCUUUACAUUAUGCUGCUAGGGAGGGAUAUCUACAGAUCACAAGAUGUCUGGUAGAACAAGGAGGUGCAAGUCCCUUGGUUACAACACAUAAGGGUCAGACUCCAUAUGAUGUAGCAGCAUUAGGACAAAGUAGGCAAUAUAAAGAAGUGAUGGAAUACUUACAGACUGUCAUGUCAGAGAAUUCUUCAGGUGUUAGUGCUAAACUAAGAAUAGAAGAUGAAAUGGUUCCAACUGAAAUAAAAUUAAUGGCUGACAAAAGAUCUAUUGAUUUGUACCUCAAAUUACUUGAGUCAGGCUCUGAGAAAAAGAGAGACAUACGUUUAGUAGUUGUUGGGAAGAAAGGUGCUGGGAAGACAUCAUUGAUUAGACGAUUGUUUGGUGAAGACAUUACAGAUGUUACCAGUACAAAUGGAAUCGAAAUUCACAAAAUAAAAUGCAAAGCAAUGUCUGAUGAUGGCAUAUGGAAUAAGUUAGAUGGAACCAAUGGAGAAACUGAAAUUCAUGCAAGACUCUUGAAACCAUUCAAAGGAACAAUUGAAGCAUCAGCAGAAGAAGCCCAUAAAGCUGUGAAGGAAAACACACCAUCAACAAGUUUUGAUGAAUCAGAGACAGUAACCCAGCAGCCUAAAAUAAUGUUACCUUCAGUUACCACUGAAUCUCAAGUUGAACCUCCAGUAAUCUUGCAGCAACGAAACCAAGCAUUAGAACAAGCAAAAAUGGAAAUUGAAGCCAUGCUUAAAUCUAAUGUUGAUUUACAUGACAAAGAGGAGUAUGCCACAUUAUUGUUAUGGGAUUUUGCAGGAGAUGAAGAAUUUUACCACACACAUCAAACUUUUUUAUCACAAGAUGCGAUUUAUCUUGUCGUAACAAAACUCAAUGAGGCUGAUGACAAAAAAGCAAAAGAGAUGUUUCAGUUGUGGAUGAACUCAAUACAUUGCUACUGUAGUACCACUGAAGUUCUUGGAAGUAUUGAAGAGAAGAAUAAGUGUCUUUAUCCACCAGUGGUUCUUGUUGGUACACAUAAAGACAAAGUUGAGGCUUCUGAGGAAGUAAAGAUUGAGGAUGCAUGUAGAGAUUGCCUUGAUAAAUAUGCUGAGGAUGUUUCAGCUGUUGCACGAAGACACAUUAGUGAUAAGUACGAGUACUUUAUUUCAAACACAGAAGAUAAUCCAAGUGUAUUCCAGCUAAUACGACAAAAUCUCUUAAACUUAGCCACAACAAUGAGAACAUGGAAUAUAGACUAUCCUAUUAAAUUCAUUCAGUUGGAAAAAUGUCUACGAGAGAAAAAGAAGGAGUUACCAAUUAUUUCCUUUAAUGAAAUUAAGCAAAUAUCUACUGAAAUACCAAAACCAUUAAAUCAUGAAGAACUUAUGUUAUAUUUAAAAUUUCAUCAUGAACUCAGAGCUUUGGUUUAUUUUGAGGAUCUUUCAGAUUAUAUCAUUUUAGAUACUCAAUGGUUGUCUGAUGCUUUUAAAUGUAUAAUAACAGCAGAGAAAUUUCAAUCAGGUGCCAGACGGCAUCUUUUAAUGGAUGAAUGGAAUGAUUUAAAUAUUAGAGGAAUAUUACAUAGUAUGGUUUUGGAAAAUAUAUUAGAAACAAAUAAAAAAAUCUUUAAAUUUGAGGAAAAGCAAAACUUGUUUCAACAUAAAGAUCAUAUAUUGAAAGUCAUGGAGAAAUUUGAUAUUAUAAUAUGUCCAACUGUAUCAGACAGAGAUGCCGCUGAUACAAAUCCUUGCUAUUACAUACCGUGCAUGGUUAAAGAUAUACCUGACUGUCCUAUACGCAAACAAUUUAAUGUGACAGAAAAAAACUGUACAAAAUCCACUUGGUUAUGUUUCAAAUUUAAAUUUCUACCAGGACAUUUAAUGAAUCAUUUGAUUGCUUCACUGAGCCGGAAGUACGAAAUUGCAGAAGUACCUGUCCGUGGACAAACAAAACGGCCAAUAGCUCUUUUCAGAGGAGCUGUCGUCUUUAAGUUUCACAAGACUUCAAAAUUACUUGUGAUGACAUAUCCCAAUGUGAUUCAGAUUCAGGUUUGGGAUUUUGGGAAACAUUGUAACAUUGAAAGAUGUCUUUUCAAGGACAUUGAUGAUUUUGUUACAAGAGAAAUAAACACUAUAAUAUGUAAAAGAUUCAAAAUGACGACUGUAAAAUUUGACAAAAUGUUGGGAUGUAGCGUUGCAGAACCAGACUGUGUGACAGGAUUUUAUGAGCAAGAUGCAGAUUAUUUUUGUGAGAUGUGUACAGAAACACAUAUCAAUGAAUGGUCUGAUCAUGCACCGAUACAGCUGACCAAGAUUUCUGAAAAAACUCAACAUGUUCCAGGAUCUCAUCUUUGGGUUGAAAACACCAGUCCAAUGCAAAGUACAUCCACAAAGGUGCGUGUAAGUGUCAAACGUGGUAAGAGAGAUUAUUCAAAUAUUUCUGAAGAGCCACCAAGUAAAUGCAAUUUGAGAGAGUUCACCGCAGAGCAGAUCAAUUUUACAAAGAUGGGAAUAAUUGUGCUUAAUAUUCUUGCUGAUGCUUCUUAUGACCUGUUAAAACAAGAUAUACCAAAUCUACGUCCAAGGAGCGAUUGUGAUAUCACAUACUUGUACCAGGAGCAUUAUAAAUUAAAAAAGCAUGUUCCAUCUAAAGGAUGGGGAGGGGACUGGCAAAAAAUUCAGGUUACAAACAUAGCUGUUGGAGAUGAUAUUGAACGUAUAAGACUUACAAGGAAUGAACUACAACACUCACGGGCAGCUGAACUUGGGGAUACACGUUUUAAUGAGUUGUGUAAAAUAUUAACUGAUCUCUUACAACGUUUUGAUCAACUUAACAAACCAACAAGGCUUUAUACUGAUCACCUACAUGAAAUUUUGGCUAAAACUAUUUCUACUGAGGACGUUCAAUCAAUUGAAAAUGAAAUAUUAGAAAUGGAUAUUGAAGUUGAAAUUAUUCCAACACAAUAGAGAAAUAAGCUCAGGCGUAUGAAUUAACCAGAUGAAAAAGUCAAACAAACUGAUUAUUCAUAGAGUUAUGGAAUGUGAUUGCCAAGAUGGAAUAGAGAAGAAAACUGUCUGUUCAUAGAGUUAUGGAAUGUGAUUGCAAACAUGGAAUAGAGAACAAAGCUGUCUAUUCAUAGAGUUAUGGAAUGUAGACUUUUUCACUAUAACUUUAGUAUAGGUCAAUAGAAAUCUAGGAAAUUUAAACACAAGGUUUAUGACCAGAAAAGGAAGAUUGUGAUUGAUUUUGGGAGUUUUGGUCCCAACAGUUUAGGGAUUAGGGGCCAAAAAAGGGCCCAAUCUUGCAUUAUUCUUGGUUUUCGCACAAUAACUUUAGUAUAAGCAUUUUCUUGUUUUUUUCGCACUAUAACUUUUAUAGUUUAAUUUAAUAGAA